UCGGUCCAGUCCAGGCUGCAGGACCGGAGCUGGUCAGACUGGACUAGUCCUGGACCAGGUUUAGUUCAACACCAGGAACCUGAACCAGACUGGAGGUUUACCAGAUGAGAAGAGGAUGAUGGGAGAACUGUGCUUCUCCUCUGCAAACUGACCUGGAUCUUCUGUCUUCUCUGAUUUCUGGUGUUUAAAGUGGACUAUCUGCCAUCAGCAGAGCUAGAAGUCAUUCUGAACCAAGCAGGACUAAAGCAGAACACGUGAGGAAACAGGUUGGUUCUGAUCAUGCAGUCUUUGACGGAAGAGAUCCAGAGUUUCUCUCGGACGCGACUGAGGAAGCAGUGCACCAGAGUGACGUCGCUAAGCGGCCGUCGCAUUAUCGAGACCUGGAAGGGUUCGACGAUCACCGUGGUAGAAGACCCCGUCCCACCAGAGAGGAUGCUGGGAUACGUUCCUGACACUUCCUGGGACGUCCAGGUCGGCAUCGUCAAACCCUUCCUGCUGCUGGGUUCUCAAGAUGCUGCACAUGACUUCGGCACUCUGAGAAAACACAAGAUAACUCACAUCCUGAACGUGGCCUUCGGGGUGGAGAACGUGUUUCCGGACCUGUUCAUCUAUAAGACCGUCAGUAUUCUGGAUCAUCCUGAUACUGAUCUGCUGCCUCAUAUCCAGGACUGUUGUGACUUCAUCCAGCAGGCUUGCAGUGAGAAAGGUGUGGUGUUGGUCCACUGCAACGCCGGCGUGUCCCGAGCACCGGCUGUCGUCAUUGGCUACCUGAUGUCAUGUGACGGCCAGUCCUUUGAUGCUGCACUCUCAUUGGUGAAAUCAGCUCGACCCGCCUCUUCGCCGAACCCCGGCUUCCUGGAACAGCUGAAGAGCUACAAAACAUUGAUGAUGAACGGAUCCAAGCACUGAAACAUGAAGAGAAAAGAGAGUUACCAGCAAUAAAACAUAAAUAUUAUCAAUUAAGAACACUUUGAAGUCAUUCCAAGAUCUGAAAAAGCAUUUUACUGAAAUAAUUGGGAGUUAUUAUAGUGUAUUAUAACAGAGCAGAGAAGGUUUGAUGAUCCAGCAUCGUCAGAAUAAGUAAUAGCAGAAUAUGAACAUGAUAUAAGACACUACACAUCACUUAAAAACUGAUGCUCUAAAGAUAAAUUUGUUCAUCCAAAUGUGCGACAUAUGUCCCUAUAACUUCUACUGGAAUCUGUUUGUGCAAGAUUUUGAGAUAAAAUCACCUUAGUGACUCCAAAAAGCACAAUUUUCUUUGCUUGCAUGUUAUUAUUGACAAUGUCCUUUUUGUGUUUUGUGUUUAGUUUAGUCUCCAUUCUGACCCGUUCUCACUGUAUCAGGAUGGGGAGCCGCCACAAACACCACAAUCUUAUUUCUAAACAUCAAAACGAAUAAAAAAUGUCAACGACAGAAGCAAAAAUGUUUGUUGUGAUUGUUUUAAGUUGUUUUGAGUAAAAAACAUAUUUAAAAGAUAAAUCUAGAGGCCCAACCCAGCAGAUGGUUCAAUUUUAACCUCUAAUUUGACCAUUUUCAAGUUAU